AUGGCGAUCUCUUCGCCGAAAUGCGCCAAGGGCAGCGAAAUGGAAACGACGACAAGAAGUUGGAUAGCGAGACCGAUUUUAAACCACGACUUCAUUGCUGAUCUACCUCUUGAGCUUGUCUACGUGGGUUUACUUAAAAGGAAAGAGGACAUCUCGAUCGCGAUUAAGAGUAUCUCUUCCGUUCUGCCAGGUUUCCAUCAUCUGAAACGUUGCUCCUCAAACAAGUUGCUGUUGGCGCCGGUAGACUCUAGAAAAUUGUUAGCGGAAACGAAAGACUGCAAGGAAUCCAAGGAAGAAUUUACUUUGACUCAAGACAAACUGAAAAUGAUAUUAACGGAAAGAGGAUUUAACUUAUCCUUAUUGGAAGAUGACUUUCAUACAGCGAAAGUGCCAGCGAGAGCAGCCAAAACGAAAGCACAAGCUGCGCGGGCCUCGAGCAUUUGGCCUUUGAACUUUCAUCCAGAUCCUAACAUCGAACGACUGGUCGAUGGAUCGAUUUUCACGGAACAUCAAUUGGUUCUUAUAGAGAGGUACAUGAACGUUGUGGUAGAGGCAGCCAGAUUAGAAGCUGUCGGCGACUCGAAUUGUAACGGCAGCGCGAUGAUCGUUGACCCAGUGGAUGGAAGAAUCCUUGCGGUCGCAGCCUCGAAAAUCGAUCGGCAUCCAAUGUGGCACGCAGCUAUGUUGGCCGUAGAUCUCGUUGCCAGACUUCAAGGUGGAGGAGCUUGGAAAUUCGAGGGAAGAUUGGAACAGAAGGGUACCGAUGAUUCGGAAACUUCUGAAUCUUCCGCCAACAGAAACGCAGAAAAUAAAAUGACCAAGGAAAUGAGAAUCAAAAGGAAAUAUGUCGAAGAAGCUCCGCUUUGCUAUCCGGAAACGCUAUCGAAAAUUAGCCUUCCAAAGGAAGAAUGUUUGCAAUCUACUGAAAUUCGACGAGGACGCAGGAAUAACGGUUCAACGAAAACGAUGGAUUUUAGGACAGUCGAGCAGACUGAAGCAGCAGACACGAAAAAAUGUGGUCCUUAUUUAUGUACAGGAUACUGGACCUUCUUGUUAAGGGAGCCGUGUCCUCUUUGCGCUAUGGCACUCUUGCACUCUAGGGUUUUAAGAAUAUUCUACGGUGUCCCGAAUAGAAAUACAGGCGUGUUAGGGUCCAAGACGGUCUUACAUGCUGUACCAGGGUUGAAUCAUCGAUAUCAAGUUUGGAGUGGCGUUCUGGAACAAGAAUGUCGACAAGCGUUGCAAGAAAUCGAGCACAGAAAUAUGAAUUGA